AGCAGAGCUCGGCUUUAAAACGCGGAGCUGUGGGUGAAAUAAAAUGCCUGGUGAAGUCGGUGCGCGGCUCGUCCGCUGCUUGACUCUGGUGAUCGCCCUGUCUUGGGCGGCGGCUGGGACCGAGGAGUGCGUGUUCCCCUGCCGAUGUCCCCCGGGGCCAGCGCGCUGCCCGGCCGGAGUCAGUCUACUAACCGACGGCUGCGGCUGUUGCAAAGUCUGCGCUCGGCAGCUCGGAGACCAGUGCAGCUCCCGGCAGCCCUGCGACCAACACAAGGGACUGUACUGCGACCUGUCCACGCACCCCAAGCAGCAAAGCGGCAUCUGCUUGGCCAGGGAAGGUGCAACCUGUGACCUGGGAGGAGUGAUCUACAGGAGCGGGGAGACCUUCCAACCUAGCUGUAAGUACCAGUGUCACUGCAUGGAUGGAGCGAUUGGCUGCGUUCCUUUCUGUACAGACGAUGUGCGCCUGCCCAGCCCGGAUUGUCCAGCUCCCAGACGGAUUAAGAUCCCUGGUAAAUGCUGUGAGGAGUGGGUUUGCGACAAGCCACGUGACCACUCUGUCUUCAAUGCUGCCAUGGCAGUAUACAGGCAAGAAGCUAUUUUUGGACCUGAUUCAAGUCAAGUUCGUGACAACUGCAUUGUCCAAACCACUGACUGGAGUGCCUGCUCAAAGACGUGCGGAAUGGGGAUUUCCACCAGAGUGACCAAUGACAACAGGAAAUGUCGACUGGAGAAGCAGAGCAGAUUGUGCAUGGUCCGACCCUGCAACACCCACCUCGAGAAAAGUAUCAAGAAAGGCAAAAAGUGUGUGCGAACUCCGAGGCCGUUCAAGUCGAUGAAGUUUGAAUUUUCCGGUUGUACCAGCACAAGAUCCUAUCGGCCCAAGUUCUGUGGAGUCUGCACUGACGGCAGGUGCUGCACCCCUCAUUCCACCACCACCCUGCAUGUAGAGUUCAAAUGUCCUGAAGGAGACCUCAUCAAGAAGAGGAUGAUGUUUAUCAAGACCUGUUCUUGUCACCAUGACUGCCCCUCUGACAAUGACAUCUUUUUGUCGACCUAUUACAGGAGAAUGAUUGGUGACUAUGCUGCAUAAAAACAUUGGCCUCUAAUUAUUGACUGGCUUAUAAACAUCACCUGGAGGCAAAUGAUGCUUGCAUUUAUUAGAUUGCUUUUUUUUCUGAUUACAGGGAUAGAUGAUUAUGUACAAGUUCUUGUUUUCAUAAUACGUUGAGAUCAUUAUCCUUGUGUGAAGUGUUUUAAAAUGCAGUCUUGCUAAAGGGCAAAUUUCUACAUCAAUAAUGGAGAUGAGAAAUUUGAAAGUUCAGCAUGUUUCAAUUGGUCCAAAUUAUAAGUAUCUGUACUUUAGUUUCUCACAACACAAUCCAGACCUGUCCUAACAGUGAAUGAAUAGUUCUGACUUCAACCAGUGUUGAAAGAUCAGAGGACAGUUUUGCAGAGCUGUGCUAUUGAUGGUGAGCUACUGUGGAACAUAAUGGGAAACUGUAGACGUGCUCCUCAUGAUUGUAGGGUUUGUGCGUCUUGUGAAUGAAGCUUAGAAACCCACCCUCCCUACCCUUUACUAUCAGUGAACGCUGGUAAUAUCAAGGAUCAUUGAUAAAGGGUCCCUGAAGUGAUGAUCGUGGAUGAGUUUUAGAACAGCAUUCUUGAGCCUACUGGAGACAUCGCUGAGAACUCAUAACUGAUUCUGUUUCAGUUUUGAUCCUUUUGACUUGUGACCAGGUUGUAUUCCAUGCAAUUGGUUCUGUCAUGUAUGAAAUCCAAACUCACUUGCAAGGAAGCAUUAUUUUAAGAUUGCUAUGUGAUUAGUGUAAAUAAGUAAAUAUGUGUACAGUUUUAUACUAUAAUUUAUAUUAUCACAAACUGUGUGUUUUGAAUUGUAGGCUGGUUAUAGCAACUUUCAGUAAGUUUGGAAAAGAAGUAAAUAUUUGCUGCAUUUUUAGAAUAAAAUUCUAUUUUUCUACAAAUGCUUUAUUCUUUUUCUUAACAUAAAGCAAUGAUUUUUUAUGAAUAGAUAAAGGUGUUGGGUUAACAUUGCAUACAUUUUCAUGUGUACAUUGUCAUGUGUACCUGUACACAUUGUCAUUCUGCCAAACACUGAUUAUAAACCUGAAUGCCAUAGAUUUGUAUAUGGCGGUGCAAACAGGAAGAUUAAUUAUCAAUGGAAUUAAGGGAAAGAUGUUCCCUUUAUGAUUGUAGGAUGUGCCUGGUCUGUUAAUAAAGUUUAUGCAUUCACCUCUCA